AUCGUAGUCUCCAAAACAAAACAUGCUCGUAAUUACAUUUCGGAACGCUUCCGAGUCAUCUCCACUGUCACAUGGUCUAAAAAUCUCUCCAAACCAUACGCCAAUGAUCCACAACAAAAGGCCAACAUUGAACAGAUGGUCAUCGACCAUGCCAAAAACAAUGGCAUUGAAGCUCGAGGUGCAGAAUCGGUCAUAAUCAAAUCCACUGCGCACAGGGGCGGCACCAGUCCAGGUGCACCUUCACACGUUACAGCAGAAUUUAAAGCCCCGGAUGGUGCGCACAUUACGACCCAACACGUUCCCGUGUAAAGUUCAGAUGCGAUGUGGGAAGACUGUGUGGUGUAUGAUGAAUAUUGAGGCCUGAGGAAGACGUUAUGCGGGCAUCGAUUUACGCGUGUUGUUGUGAUGCUGUACAUUAUAUUGCUCAAGAUACCAUUACCAUCUGUUCACCGGUUCCCUGAUUUUAGAGACUCGU